UAAAAGAACUUAUAGAUGUUCUUGUUUUCUGUUUUUGAUUUAUAUAAUCUUUUUGUUCUUUCAGAAAGUUAUAUGUACACAGAAUCUUCAAAGGGCCAACCUGAACACACGUCAAAACUUGUAUUUCCAAAUAUUCGAGCUUCUGCAGGCAAAAGUCUCUACUUUACAUAUUAUAUCACAAAAAACAAUGGAAAACUUCAGCUUGAAUCAGAGGAUUCAUAUGGAAAUAACAUUGAGUUGUUUCAAGAAUUUGGUAAACUUAAGGACGAAAACUGGAAUUUUGCUUGUGUUAAUGUACCCAACUACAGUAGAAAUUAUACUUACCGAUUUAUUGCUAGAAGAACUUUAGGAUUUAAUGGCCAUAUCGCUCUGCUUGAUGUUGGUUUCAAAGAAGGAUAUUGUCAAGCCAGAAGCAUUUCCUGUAACUUCACAAACCCUAUGAUAUGCCAGUACCACAAUUUUAUGUACAGUAAAUGGGAAAGAGUACAAUCAGGAAACGUAAGCGGAUCAACAAAUGAUGUGUACAUGCAAGCUACUUCUAUAUACAAUACUCUUGGUUUGGCAUCACCGAGUGAAAACAUUACCAGUAGCUGUGUGCAAAUUAGAUACAAGAUAAUCGAUAGAUGUAACCUGACCAUUUAUAAUGCAUUGAACAAGAAAUUACUUUUCAGUGUGGCGAGUCAAGGUACAACCCCGUGGCUUAUAUAUCAAAUAUAUAUUGAGAAAAAUACGCCUACCAAAUUUAUUUUUCUGAAAGACUAUGCGCACAAUAUAUUUUACCGACCUACAUAUUGUUCAGUUCUACUUGAUUAUAUCAACGUCACGAAAAAUAAAUGUCCAGAUUUAGGUAAGUUUUAAAAUUUUUUCUGUUUA